GAUUGAAGAAUCGUAUAUAGAAGUAAUCCAAUCAUUUUCGCUACUACAUCAUAAUAUCAUAAUAUCUCGCUGCGUCGUAUAUUCUCCCAUAAAGAUCUUCCGAAAACAGCUCGUCGGCGUUAAAUUCUUGGGGUCCUUUGGGAGAGCAUCUCCUCCAAGCAAGGCAAGGCAAGGAAGAGGUCAAGGUCAAGGUCAAGGUCAUCCAUCCAUCCAUCCAUCCAUCCAUCCAUCCAUCUUGGGAGCCAAAGGGUCGAGUACGGACUUGGAGUAUGAACGUGAACAUGAGACCAGGAGUCCCACGAAAUAGUAAUAGCGGUGCCGGUGCUUCUGAAGUAAGUUAACUAACUAAUCAAAAGAAUAAGAGAGCUUUGCUUUGCCCCUCCUUUUAAAAUGGUUGUUUUGGAGAAGGCCCAACCAUCUUUCAUUACUUAACCAUCCUCCCAUCCUCCCUUCUCUUUCCUACCUCUUCUAUUUUAGUCUCCCUCUUCAUUCUUCCCCCCCUCCCCAUUUCUUCCGAACAACAAAUUAAUUCUCAACUCUUUUGUCAACAACAAUCAUUGAAACAUCAUCAGGAUAAAUUCAAUCAACGUUUAAUUCAUCUACAAAACCAUCUCAAGAUGUCUGCACCACAAGCAACCGGAGAUUUCGGCCUCAUCGGCUUGGCUGUUAUGGGUCAAAACAUUAUCCUCAACGCUGCUGACCACGGUUUCAACGUUAUUGCUUUCAACCGUACCACAUCAAAGGUUGAUCGUUUCCUCGAGAAUGAGGCUAAGGGCAAAUCCAUCGAGGGUGCACACUCAAUUGAAGAGUUCUGCGCCAAGUUGAAGAAGCCCCGUCGUAUUAUGCUUUUGGUCAUGGCUGGUAAGCCAGUUGACGACUUCAUCGAGACCAUCCUCCCACACAUUGAGGAAGGUGAUAUCAUCAUUGACGGUGGUAACUCACAUUUCCCCGAUACCAACCGCAGAACAAAAUACUUGGCUCAAAAGGGUAUCCGUUUCGUUGGUAGCGGUGUUUCCGGUGGUGAAGAGGGUGCCAGAUACGGUCCAUCUUUGAUGCCUGGUGGAAACGAGGAGGCCUGGCCAUACAUCAAGGAUGUUUUCCAAAGCAUUGCUGCCAAGUCUGAUGGUGAGGCAUGCUGCGAAUGGGUUGGUGAUGAGGGUGCUGGUCACUACGUCAAGAUGGUUCACAACGGUAUUGAGUAUGGUGACAUGCAACUCAUUUGCGAAGCUUAUGAUAUCAUGAAGCGUGGUCUUGGUAUGCAAGACAAGGAAAUCGGUGAUGUUUUCGCCGAAUGGAACAAGGGUGUCCUCGAUUCAUUCUUGAUCGAAAUUACCCGUGAUAUUAUGUACUUCAACGAUGAUGAUGGAACCCCACUCCUCGAGAAGAUUAUGGAUUCCGCUGGACAAAAGGGUACCGGAAAGUGGACUGCCAUCAACGCUCUUGACCUCGGAAUGCCAGUUACUUUGAUUGCCGAGUCUGUCCUUUCCCGUUGUCUUUCAUCCCUCAAGGAGGAGCGUACUCGUGCCUCCAAGGUCCUUUCUUACGUUGGACGAUCAAACAAAUUCGAGGGUGACAAGAAGCAAUUCCUCGAGGAUUUGGAGCAAGCUUUGUAUGCUUCAAAGAUUAUUUCAUACGCUCAAGGUUUCAUGCUUAUGCAAGAGGCUGCUAAGGAAUUCAAAUGGAAGCUCAACAAGCCAUCCAUUGCUUUGAUGUGGAGAGGUGGAUGCAUUAUCAGAUCCGUUUUCCUCAAGGAUAUCACAGCUGCUUACCGUGCUGAUGAUAACUUGGAGAACUUGUUGUUCAGUGACUUCUUCAACAAGGCCAUCCACAAGGCUCAACCAGGAUGGAGAGAUGUUGUUUCCAAGUCUGCCCUCAUGGGUAUUCCAACCCCAGCUUUCUCCACUGCUUUGUCUUGGUUCGAUGGUUACCGUACCAAGGAUCUCCCAGCCAACCUUCUCCAAGCCCAAAGAGAUUACUUUGGUGCCCACACCUUCAAGAUCAAGCCAGAGCACGCCUCUGAGAAAUACCCAGUCGGAAAGGAUAUUCACGUCAACUGGACUGGACGUGGAGGAAAUGUUUCCGCUUCUACUUACCAAGCAUAAAUUGGAUAUAUUUUUUAUUGAUGGGAAAGAUAGCGCAAUGGCGAUUCAUGCCUAAAAUUGGCGACAGGGGAAAUGUAUUUAGACUACGCAUGCAAUGAAUGAAAUGAAAUGGUACACGAAUUAAUUUAUUUGAUGGUUUACA